AUGGCUUCUAAUUCACAAGCAAGCUCUCAAGUGAAAGAAAAAGGAAAAGAAAACUAUUUUACUUGGACUCCCGAGAUGGAUAAGAUUCUUGGGACAUGUUUUAUAGAUCAAAUGGCUCAAGGAAAUAAAUGUGACGGGAAAUUGGCUUGGAAGUCCUCCUCAUGGACAGCAGCUAUAAAUGCACUUUAUGUUCAUCUAAAAAACAAAAUUGUGAUUGAAAAUUGGGAUGAUAUUUGUGCAAUUUUCUCGCAAGGCCGUGCCGAUGGCCAAGGGGCAGCAACUUUUGAGGAGAAUAAUGCUGAGAAUGAGGUCAACUCUUUCAACAUAGGAGAUCCAUCUGAAGAGAUUCAUAAUCAAUCCGAAGCUAUGAGACUUUUGUUGGCCCGGCAAAAGCGAAAGGAAGGCACAUCUUAUGCUUGUUCUCAAGGCUCAAGAAAAAAACCAACAUCAACGCAAGCUCCUGAUUAUAUGACGCAAAUGGCUGCUAAGUGUAGUGACUACAUGUUGGGGGAAAGAAAAAAGACUGAACUUGUGAUAGCACAAAAAACAAAGAUCACCCCUCAACAAAUUUUGUCAGAAUUGAAGGAAAUUGAUUUGGAUGACAUGCAGAAAAUCAAGAUUGUGGAUAUGAUGAUGCUCAAUCGAGUAAUGUUUGAUACAUUUGUGGGAUUGCCAGUUGAGUUGAAAUACAAAUGGCUUAUGGCCAAACUUGAUAAAGAAAACUAA